UGGCUGCAUUCUGGAAACUACCCAGCCACACCAAGGCAGGUGACCCGCCCUCCGCCCCAGAUUGAGGAAGCAGGAAAAGGUGGCAGCGCAAGGCGGUGGGCAGACGUGCUGGGCGAUGGUGGCCAGAGCUCCCCUGAGGAUGGGCUUUCUCUGGGGCUUGGCUCUGUCCCUUUUCUUCUGCUGGGAGGCUGGGGCCCCCAGGAGCUCUGCAGGCCCCAGCACCAGCAGACCAGGUCCUUUGGUGAUGACAAACCACAUAGAAGAGCCUGCCAUGACUCCGGGAAUCCGGACAAAUUCAGAGAGAGACUUCCAAACCACUGACCUUGUCGAGACCUCUGUGCCAAGCCAUACCCCUUUGGAAACUCAAACCCUGAGCACCCAGACCUUUGAUAGGAACUUAAUCCUGACCAGUGCCAUUUCAGAAGCAGAGACCAGGAAAACCGAGACCACUUUUCGUGCAACAGAGACCAGGGUCUUCACACAAAUGACACCGACCAAGUUCACGGUUAUGAUCACCACUCCUAUGGAGGCAUCAGCCACAAGUGGCAGCCCCAUGGCAACUGGAAGGACCACAGUGGAGACUGUAAUAAGCAGUGAUCUUGUGGAAGCUGUCUUUGACACCCUUUGUACUGAUGACAGCUCCGAAGAGGUGAAGAGGCUCAUAAUUGAUGUCUUGACAUCAGCUCACACCUCUGCAGAAGACAAGGGCCUGGCCUUGGACAGCAGCAUCUUCUCGGACCACUCAGUUCUGGCCAUCACCGUCUCACAGGCCCUGGCACCCAACCAGAAUGCUUCAGCUAAAGACUGGCUUGCCUACAGCCUCACUGACAUGGAGGUUACCAACUGCAGCGUCACAGAAAUACUAACAACUGCCACCAGCCUUGGGACCUCUGACAUAGCUCUCGACCCCACAGGAGGAAAGACCCCAUCUUCCCUUGAUGUGUCAGCUUUGUUUUAUUCCACUGAAGCAGAACCACACCUCACCAAGACCAUGACCUCCGCAGAGAUUUCGUCAGCAGCCAGUGCCACAGAACCAGCCACACCUGAUACCCCAGUUGAGACUCCGCUACCUGCUAAGAGCACCAUAGAAGGAGGAACAACAGCAGCUGAGCCCAUGACCCCCAGCACAACUUUGGUGACAGACAGCAUUGGACCCUGGGAAAAAACUGCAGUCCUCUCUGUGGAAACGACAAGCCACACCGAGGUCUCAGGAGUGGUUACAAUCUCCACAGAGACUGGGUCAACGGUAGGUAAAGUGGCUUCCCCUGCUACGGCUGACAGCCACAGCCACAGCCACGGAGCCACUAGCAAGAACUCCAGCCCCUCACAGCCUCGUACCACAGACAGAACAAUCGAUGGGUCUGUCCCCAUCAGCAGGAGCACUUUUCCUUCUGCCCACCUGAUUAUGGGCAAUAGCAGCCUCGAGGCAAACAUCACCUCAGUCAAGACCACAACCUUAGCCAAGACCUUGAAGACAACCAGCAGGGCUGGAGGGAAGGCCCCAACUGCUCUGCCCACCACUGCUCAGCCAAGGGGGACCACAGAAGCUACUGCAGGUGGGGUUGGAGGCUUUCUCCUCCUGCAGCUGAGAGUGGCCUCCCCAGAAGACCUCACGGACCCCAGAGUGGCAGAGAGGCUGAUGCAGCAGCUCUGCCAGGAACUGCAUACCCAUGGACCUCCCAUCCACAUCUCUCUGCUGCGCAUCAGGAGGGGCUAAGGAACAUCUGCUGUGCCAGAGGGGCCAGUGCUGCCUGCCUGUGGCCUGGGAUACCCCCCCCCCACCCCAUACACAGACUGG